AUGAAGAUAGGAAGCCUCUAUAUUAAACAAGAAUAUACAAAUCCUAAUGAGAGAGACAUAGAGAAGUGGAAAUGGUUUGAGGAUGCUAUCGGGGCACUUGAUGAGACUCAUAUCCAAUUAACUAUUCCUUUGGAAGAUCAAAGUAGAUAUCGAAAUAGAAAAGGAGAGAACAGUACAAAUGUACUUGGUGUUUGUGAUGCCAAUUUGAGAUUUUCAUAUGUGCUACCUGGUUGGGAGGGUUCAACAUCAGAUUCUCGUGUUUUGCGUGAUGCUUUGCGUCGGCCCAAUGGCUUAAAACUUCCCUCAAAUAAAUACUUUCUUGUGGAUGCUGGGUAUACAAAUGGGCCGGGGUUUUUGGCACCUUAUCGAGGGACUCGCUAUCAUAUAAAGUCUUGGAGAGAAAAUGGUCCAAGAAACUACAAGGAGUUAUUUAACCAACGUCAUUCCUCUGCUAGAAACACAAUUGAGAGAGCAUUCGGAUUGCUAAAAAAGCGAUGGGCUAUAUUACGGACAGCUAGCUUUUAUAGUGUUAAGACUCAAAUUAGGAUCAUUAAUGCAUGUUGUAUUCUUCACAACUUUUUACGUGAAGAGAUGAAUGAAGACGACUUGUUGAAUGACGUGGAUCGAGAAUUAGAAGAUGAUCCUGUUUUAGAAAUUGAGAAUGUAGAUGAGGAGCGUAUCACCACUGUGAGAGUUACAAAUGAAUGGAGUAACUUUAGAGAUGAUUUAGCUAUGCAAAUGUGGGUUUGGUGA